UAUUCUAUUCUCCCUCUCUCAAAAGAUGACCAGCUCGGCUUCUUCCUUCACUACUCUCAUCAGCUGGUUAAGCUUACUGUUAUGCUUUGUGGAAAAAUGCCCAACAGCCGCUUCAACCACCAGGUUCUAUGACUUCAAGGUGCGAAGCUUGAGAAUCACCAAGCUCUGCAAUAGCAAGGACAUCGUUACGAUCAACGGAAUGUUUCCUGGCCCGGUUGUUUAUGCCCAAGAGGAUGACACAGUGAUUGUUAGAGUCAGCAACCUUUCCCCUUACAAUGCUACCAUCCACUGGCAUGGUGUACGGCAAAGACUAUCGUGCUGGUUUGACGGUCCAUCAUACAUUACGCAGUGCCCCAUUCAAGCCGGAGACACUUUCACCUAUAACUUCACAUUGGUGCAACAGAAGGGCACUCUUUUUUGGCAUGCUCAUAUUUCAUGGCUUAGAGCCACAGUUCAUGGUGCCAUUGUUGUCCACCCUAAAUCUGGGGUGCCCUACCCCUUUAUAUUCCCCUAUCAAGAGCAUGUCAUAAUCCUAGGGGAGUAUUGGCUGAGAGACAUUCCACGAUUGGAACAGGCAGUUCUGGCCAGCGGCGGCCCUCCCCCGCCAGCCGAUGCUUUCACGAUUAAUGGGCACCCUGGUCCCAAUUACAAUUGUUCCACCAAUGAUGUGUAUGACGUCGUUGCAGUCCCCGGGAAGACAUAUCUGCUGAGACUAAUCAAUGCAGCCUUGAACAUGGAGGUCUUCUUUGCCAUUGCUGAUCACAAAUUCACCAUUGUCGAAGCUGAUGCGGAAUACACAAAACCAUUCACCACAGACCAUGUCAUGAUAGGCCCAGGUCAGACGCUGGGCGUUCUCGUCACCGCGGACCAGCCAAUCGGCACGUAUUCCAUGUCCAUGGGACCUUACAUGUCGGCAAGAAACGUCUUGUUCCAAAACACAACGGCCAUUGCCUACUUCCGCUACUUGGGCGCCUUGCCAAGUAGCUUGGCUUUACCUGCUUCAUUGCCAAGUUUCAACAACAAUCUCGCGGUUAAGACCGUAAUGGACGGGCUUAGGAGCCUUAAUCCUGCAGUGGAUGUGCCUAAGCAGAUUGACGCAGACCUCUUCGUCACCAUUGGGUUAAAUGUUAAUCUGUGCCAUUCCAGGACCCCGCAGCAAAACUGCCGAGGCCCUAAUGGCGGGGUUUUCGCUGCUUCCAUGAAUAACAUAAGCUUUAUAAAGCCCAAGAUUUCACUUCUUGAAGCUUACUACAGGAGGAUUAGUGGGUAUUACACUGAGGACUUUCCAGGCUUACCCCUUGAGUUCUAUGACUUCGUCAAUGGGGCGCCCAAUAACAGCCCUAAUGAUACCCAGUCAUUGGUUGGGACCAGGACCAAGGUGGUUGAAUAUGGGACCAGGGUUCAACUAAUCUUCCAGGAUACAGGCACGGUCACCACUGAGAACCAUCCCAUGCAUCUUCAUGGCUAUAGCUUCUAUGUAGUAGGGUACGGAAUUGGCAACUAUGAUCCCAAAACUGCGAAUUUUAACUUGGUUGAUCCGCCUUACAUGAACACAAUUGGAGUCCCAGUAGGAGGAUGGGCUGCAAUUAGAUUCGUCGCCGACAAUCCAGGGGUGUGGUUCAUGCACUGUCACUUGGACAUACAUUUAUCGUGGGGCUUGGGAGUGGUGUUUAUAGUGAAGGAUGGGAAAGGAGAGCUAGAGAGCCUUCCUCACCCUCCUGCAGACCUGCCCAGGUGCUAGCCAGACAUAUAUAUAUAUAUAUAUAUAUAAAGCUAGAGAGCUUUCAAGAUUUUAUAUAUAUAGCAGAAAUUUGACAAAUGGGUUUGGUCUUUCCAAAAAAGUGAUCAAUUGGGAUACCUUGACUCGAUAUCAACAGUAUUGUGCAUUGC